AGUUUAAUAUGGGACAAUGAAACGUAACUACUCUGGCCCGAAUGUCGAUAAAUUAAUAACUCCAGCACAACUGCUGGCCAACUUGCAAUUGGCCAAAAAGACUUUGAUUGAAGUAGCAAAUGCAACCACAUACCACCGAGUUUAUCUGAAUUAAUUACUUUUAAGUUUUAACGUGGAGUAUAAUUUUUUUUUUUUAUCAAAAUUGACUAGAUUUACAACAGAUAGUGGGUUUAAACACAUAGUAAUAGAGUCAAUAUUCAGAACCUAAAGAUUGAAUGCUUAAGAGUUUUGCGUCUCUUUUUUUCUUCUCUGUUUCUUGCCUUGUACUCACUUUAACCAGGACCAUUUUGUGUGGUUGAAUUACAAGGUUUAAAUGACAGCAUAGUCCCUGACCUAGAUUUGGCUGUAUCUUCUCUUUUAUGCUCUGCAACUUUUUUUAGCCCUUCUUUCUUGUGAAAUUGCAAACUGAAAAAAUUGAAGCUCUUGGCUUCUGUAAUGAUGUAGCAGACUCGUAGUAGAAGAAAAUUGAUUAUGGGAGGUCAAGGGAAGUUGCAGAAUAUAAAGUUUGGCUUUUUUUUUUUUUCUUUUUUUUUUGGUUUUUCCGUUUACCCUCAUUUUUUUUUCUUUUUAAACUUUUCUGUGAGAAGCCACUCUGAUCUUUUAUCCAUCAGAUGCCUUGUUCCCUAGUGCUUAUGACAAAGUUCCAAGACAGAUCCUAUGGAAAUGCUUGGAGGCUAAAAGUGUACCUGUGGCGUACAUUAGGGUGAUCAAGGACAUGUAUGAGGGAGCCAAAACCAGGGUGAGGACAGUAGGAGGAGACUCAGAGCACUUUCCAGUUGUGAUGGGGUUGCAUCAAGGAUUAACUCUUAGUCCAUUUUUAUUUGCCUUAGUGAUGGAUGGAUUGACACGGCAAAUUCAAGGUGAGGUGUCAUGGUGUAUGCUUUUCGCGGACGACACAGUCCUGAUUGACGAGACUCGUAGCGGAGUUAACGCUAAGUUGGAGUGUUGGAGACAUACUCUAGAGUCUAAAGGGUUUACGCUGUGUAGGACCAAGACAGAGUACUUGGAGUGUAAGUUCAGUGAAGCACCUCAGGAGGCUGACUUGGAAGUAAGGCUUGGUACCCAGGCCAUCCAGAAGAAAAGUAGUUUCAAGUACCUUGGGUCUAUUGUGCAAGGCAGCGGGGAGAUUGACGAUGAUGUCACACAUCGUAUUGGGGCAGGGUGGAUGAAAUGGAGGCUUGCUUCCGGAGUGCUAUGUGACAAGAAGGUGCCACCAAAACUUAAGGGCAAGUUCUACAAAGUGGUGGUUAGACCGACUAUGAUGUAUGGGGUGGAGUGUUGGCCAGUUAAGAUCUCUCACGUGCAAAAGAUGAAAGUUGCCGAGAUGAGAAUGUUGAGAUGGAUGUGUGGCCACACCAGGAGUGACAGGAUUAGGAAUGAGGAUAUUCGGGAUAAGGUGGGGGUGGCCUCGGUGGAAGACAAGAUGCGAGAAGCGAGAUUGAGAUGGUUUGGGCAUAUGAAGAGGAGAGAUACAGAUGCCCCAGUGCGGAGGUGUGAGAGGUUGGCCAUGGAUGGUUUCAGACGAGGUAGGUGUUACACCCCGUACUUCGGAGAAACACUGUUAAAUUUGAAUGUAAGAAUGUCGAGUUACGACUAGGUAAAACAACUUUGGAGUAUGAGGAAUGAGGCAUUAUUAAGUAUAUUGUUUAAAUAAUGAAUGAUUAUGAUCUUGUAAGUCGUAAUCGAGAAAGAGUAUUUUAAAACACAAGAAUAUGGUCAUUAUCAUGUAUAAUAAGUGAUAAAUAUCAUGUAUGGAGGGUUUCGGAAUAUUUCGAGAUCGAGCAAGUUGAAGAAAAUAAGUUCGACGAAAAUUUGAGAAAUGCUGGACAGAUUUUUAGUCAACUUUGGAGGGGUAUAUCUCUAUGCAUAUUUGGAGUUUUAAGGCGUUUCAAAAGCCUAAAAUGAAGUUCGUCAAGUCUAGUUUAUGAUGCAACAAACCACUCAUCGAUAGGACGUCGGAGUAGAGAAUUAUAGACGCUACAAACUGAACUGUCGCGCAGAAACAGCACUGCUACAGUACUGUAGCUACAGUGACGCCGUUUCAGCCCUUAUAAAAAGGGGCAAACCCCCAUUUUUAUCAUCUAAAAACUUCUCAAAUUUUCCAGAAAAUUCAGCAACAAAAAGGGGCCUAAAUCUCACAUAAAAGUGAGGAUUGUGAGUGAAAUUUCAAGCUACGAAGUACUAAUCGAAGUCCGGGCAACACAUAAUCACGAAUAUAAUUUUGUUUGGAGUUAGAGGAGCAUGGGAACAAUAAGAUGUUGAAGAAUUUGCUACUUUCAUAAAAACAAGAUCUUGGGCGAAACGAGAAUUGAAUUUGGAAAGGCGUAAAGAGCAUACAUGGUAUGUAAAGCUAUCCCGAUUCUUCUUUUGGCAUGCCCUAGGUGUACUAGGAUCGGAUUCGAGCCUCGAAAAAUAUUCUGCUCAUCGGAAUCCGCAUUUGAAAAUAUCUCUCUUUCAUUUAAUAGAAUUGAACCCUUUUUGUAUGCUUUCUUGAAAAUUAUGCAAACCUUCCCCAAACUUUAUGAAAAGUUAUAGAAUGUCCGUAGAACCUUCGUAGGUGACCCCAUAAGCCUAAAAUGCGUAAUUUGAGCCCACCGCCUUGCUUGUCCCAAGGUGGGCCCACUAGUCCCGGUUUUACCCUUAUUGUACUUAAGGCUCGUUUUCGAGCAGUUUUUGAAAAGAAAUGUUCUGACUACUCUUUUAACUACUAAACAAAAAUUGUUUUAAAUAAUUCAUUAAGUCUUAUAAAUUUUUUUGGCACUCGGAACGACUUCAGAAAGGUUAUGCUUCUGUAAUUCAUUAUGACAUCUGAAACUCACUUAUUAUGAUCCCGUCUGACUUCAUUGAAUUGGUUUGUUAUUGAUAUGCCUCAUCGAGUCUCUGAAAAUAUUUAUGAUAUUUUAACUGCAUUUAGUUUCUCACUACUCUAUUCGUGGAUGCCUCAAUGUUUCCCCUACUGAGCCCGGACCAGGAUAUGUUCUCAAGCGACUUCUACUGCAUUGUUCGCCGUGCCUCGAUGUGAGGGGGCAGGUAUACAUGUACAUGGGUUGUGGAGUAUGCUGUGCCAUGUACACUAUUCUGAUAUGAUAUGAUAUGAUCUGAUAUGGCCAUCUGAUAUGAUAUGCUAUGUUACGGGGUUAUUCCCCUUUUCUGAUCCUUAUGUGUUGUGGCACCAGUGUCGGGGGGUGACCACGUUCUGUCUGCCGAGUCCCUUGGCAGGGACCGGAUAUGAUAUGGCAUAUGUUUCUGUACAUACUCUUCAUGUUUGAAAAUAUGCAUUUGAUACUCUGGACAUCUCACUCACAUUUCUGUACGUUCUGUUCCGGUUAUGAUUUUGUUCCGUAAUGGGACCAGGUAUGACAUACGUUUCCUGUAAGUACUAUUUAUGCUUUAUGAUCAGCAUUUUGCUAAUCUGGAUAUUCCGUUCAUUUUUCUGUACCUCUUGUUCCGAUUAUGACUUUGUUUACUACGUUCCAUGCUUUACAUACUCAGUACAUAUUUCGUACUGACCCCCUUUCUUCGGGGGCUGCGUUUUCAUGCCGCGCAGGUACAGACUACAGAUUUGCUGACCCACCUGCCUAGGACACCUAUUCUGCUAUUCUGGAGCGCUCUUGUGUCCAGAGCCUAUACUCUGGUACAGUCUGCUGCUGUUGGAUAUAUGUACGCUAUUCAGGGGUACGACGGGGCCCUGUCCUGUCUUAUGUUUCUGUUAUGUUCUGUAGAGGUCUGUAGACAUACAUGUGGGUUCUGUAUAUGUUUUGGGUUGCUAUGAUUUGUGAUAGCCUUAUCGGCUUCCAUGUGCUAUAUAUGUUCCUUUGUGACACUAGUAAUG